AUGUCUGUUACUCUAACAAAAACUUCUAAAAAUACACCAUUAUUAAUACACAACAGUUACUCAUAUACAAUUGAUCGAAAAACUGUAACAAAAAUUCUUUGGAAAUGUGAAUACUCAAGAAAAUAUUCUUGCCAUGGACGACUGCACACAACAUCAAAUUAUGAACUUAUUAAAAUAGUAGGUGAGCAUGAAAAUCAUGUUGGCAAUUCACGAUGCGCAGCAACUCGUAAAUAUUUUGAAAAGUUAAAACAAGAAUCAGAACAAAAUCAUACAACUCCACAUAAUAUAUUAACUCAAGUAAACAUUGGUGUACCUGAUGAAGUACGUGUUCAAUUACCAACGAAUUAUAAUUUAAAACGAAACGUUCGUCGUUGGCGUCAAGUAACUACUACUGCACCAACACCAACAACCAUUGAUUUUCCAGCUAUUCCAACAAAAUAUCAUCAAACAACUCGUAACACUAUCUUUUUUCGGAAAGAUACAGGUUCAGAUAACAUUCACAAGAUUUUGGCAUUAGCAUUUAUUGAAACAACUAUUGUUGCUAAUGCCUUUGAACUAUUAUGUACUAAUCUGGAUGACAAUUAUCAACAAAUACUCGAUUACAUAGAAGGCAAUUAUAUUGGAAGAAGGCGAGGACGCAUCCGAAGACAAGCAUCCUAUCCAAUUGAUUUUUGGGGCAUGAUGGAACGUGUUAAAAACAAUAUGCACCGCUCCAACAACAACGUAGAAGGCUGGUAUAGAGAAUAA